CUCCGUCUGCAUUGUCGCCAUUGAUCGGUUAACUGUUGGUUGAGCUGCACAGGUUUUUGUUAUUAACAAAUAAAUACGAGCACUUCUGUUAAGUUUAUAAUCCAGAAUCCAGAGUGCGAUCACUUGUUUUAGCCCUGUUAUUGAGUGUGAGAGAGUGUGUGCGUGUGUGUGUUUGCGUGUGUGUACAAAGAAUUGUCCUUUUGUACGUACUAUUUAACAUGACAAAGAAUAAAAUCCAAAAAAAGGCCCUUGGCCAAAAGAAGGCGAUCCCUGCCAAUAGAUUAAACAACAACAACAUCGUAACAAAUACAGCAACAAUGCCGCCUUCAAUUUUGACGCCGCCAGCGACGCCACCCGCCUAUCCAUUUAACAACUACAACAACAAUGCGAAUGAUUUAAAUGGAAUGCAACAACGAAAGUCGUGGGAACGAGAGCUCAUUGGCUGCUUUCUGCUGAAGAUGACGGAUAAACAAGUGGUUAGCGCCCGGAGCGGUUGGUAUGUGGACAAGCGCACACUGCGCCGGGAAUUCGAUCAACAUAUAUACUCGGAGCCCAACAGCACUGAGCUCCGCAUAAAGCUAUCCCUCAAUGGAGCCUUUAAUAUUGGCUCAUUGCUGCAACGUACAAACUUCUUGAUGAACACUCCACGCGGCGACUCGAAUUACCGCGUCAAGAGCGUGGCUUUAAUGGAGUUUCGAAAGGAAAAGUAUAACGCACUAGACGAGAGACAUCGUCUAAACGAUCUUGCUGCCGUCAGCAAUGUGACGGACGCUGAGCUCGAGGGUCCAAUAACCCAAAAAUAUGUAUUGGACGAGAAGGCAGUUUCAGUGCCAUUAAAAUAUCAGAAGACCCAAGAGCAACAGCGUAAUGCAGACUUUGAACUAAGUUCGAUGGGUUGCUACAUUUGCCAGUGCAAUUUCGACAGCAUUGAGAAGUAUGAGGAACACAUCGAAUAUCAUGGUGAUGAGUCAGAUUUCGAAUCGUUGAAGCAAAUGACAAAGUGUGCCAAACCAAUGCUGACCUUAUCGUAUCAGACAUGCGUGGAUAGCCAUUACUUUGGCUUUACGCUGCAGACGCAUUUGAAGGAUCUGGUGAUUGAGAAGUUCAUCAUUGUUCAGUCGCGGCAAUUCUACUAUGUGUACAAUAAUCGCCUGCCUGUUGAGGUAUCGGCCAGUGGACAGCAGCUUUUCUUUGUGGACUCGCACGUCUUCAUGAUCCUGCGUGAACAGCCCAUUGUGAUUGGCUAUAGUCAGAUGGUGAAUGGACAGCGGCAGCAUUAUGUGGAGCAGCAUCAUUUCAUGCGUACAGAGGCCUUGCCCAAGGCCAGUUUCAAUGUAAAUCCAUAUCGACUGUCCAACAGCAAGCUAUUCCGUGGCGGACGUCUGGAACCGGCAAUUCCACCACCAGCCAUUGUGUCGGCAUUAAAGCGCGAUACAAGCGAUGCUCAGCUGCGUCUGGCGGAGUACAACAAGGAGUAUCGCAACUAUUGUGAACUGGGACGUGAAUUCACGCAACAGAAUCUGCAUGGAACACUGCGUACCCUGCUCCAGGUGGAGGAUAUUGAACGCUUGCAGUGCUAUGUGGCACUCAAGCAGUCCAAGAUGGAACUGCAUCAGUUUGGCAAGGAACUGUCCGUCAAGUUGCAGCCCAAUUCGCGUAACAUUAGUGCUGAAGAUGUUCUAUCGCCUGGCGACGAUGUCCUGAUCAUAAACGAGCGUAGCAAUAAUCUAGGUCAGCCGGACCCGGGCAAGGCAAAUAGCCUACGUCAGAUGUUGGAUAAUAACAGUGUGGUAUUGGACUUGGCACUCAAGGAUUUCGAUGCGCUCAUUCAGUGGGGCCACAAAGUGAACGAACAGUUCGGAGCACCGGAAAAGGAGCGUCGCGAGCCGCGCGUUUACUUUGCCCGUGUCCUGGGCGUAUCGGCGCAGCGCGUCAACAUCACCUGCGAUCGCCAUCUGCCAGAUAAUACCACAUUUGCUCUACUCUUUCGUCCAGUCCGCGCCGUUCUACGUUACCAAUAUCGUGCGCUCCAUCAAUUGAAGCUCACCACGGCCGAGCAUGUGCAGCGUCUGCUAUUUCCCUCUUGUGUUGCCAGGCAGCCGGUAGCCAGUGGAGCAAUGCGUCUCUACAACGAGCACAUUGGUCAUAAUCCCGAGCAGCAGCAGGCCGUGCAACAGAUCGCUUUAUGUGACAAGCUUCCAGCACCUUUCCUUGUCUUCGGACCACCUGGUACGGGCAAAACGGCCACAAUUUGUGAGGCCAUCUAUCAACUGUAUGUACGGCGACCGGAGACCCAUAUACUGGUGCUGGCAGGCUCGAAUACGGCCUGUGAUGAGAUUGCCUUGCGUCUGUUGCGCUCCAUAUCAAAGGUGCCAUGUCAGUCACGUCCGCUGACUCGCAUCUUUGCCGCCAGCUGCGAUCGUCGCAUCGACAACAUUGAUGAUCUGCUGCUGGAGUACUCCAAUAUGUAUGCCCUACACUUUUAUCCCGAUGUGCAGACGGUGCACAAUUACCGCAUUGUGGUGUGCACUCUCAGCUUGGCGGGCAAACUAUCGACAGGCGGAUUUGGACGAGAUGAGGACAAACGUAGCGUAUUUUCUCAUGUAUUUGUUGAUGAAGCGGCUGCCUCAACGGAAGCUGAAGUGCUUAUGGGCAUCACCUGCACCAUAGCACCAUCCACCAAUCUGAUACUCUCUGGCGAUCAUAAGCAACUUGGUCCGGUAUUGCAAUCGCACCGUGCCGGCGAUUGGGGGCUGGGCGUGUCCUUGUUUGAGCGUCUGCUGCAGCGCGAGUGCUACCGCUUGGACGAGAAUGGUGAUUACAAUGUGGCCGUUCAGACGCGACUGCGACGUAACUAUCGUUCCCAUCCCGAAAUUGUCUCGCUCUACAGUAAUCUCUACUACAACAGCGAAUUAAAGUCGGAGGCUGCAUUGAAAAAUGUAACUCGGGCUAAAAAUUGGUUUCACACGCCCAACGAAAACUUUCCGAUAAUGUUCCAUUCGGUCUUUGGCACGACUAUGAACUCUAAAAGUUCGCUCAGUCUGUGCAAUAACAAGGAAAUCGAUGCAGUUAUGGACUAUGUAAAGGAUCUUAUGUAUUUUGGCAUUAAUGGUGAAAAGUUGGUACAAACGGACAUUGGCAUUAUAUCGCCAUAUAAGAAUCAGUAUCAGCGCAUCCAGGAGCAGCUCAACAUGCGCAACUGGCAUCAAAUCGAUUGUGGCUCUGUUGAACUGUUUCAGGGCAAGGAGAAACAAAUCAUCAUCGUUUCCUUUGUGCGCUCUUUUACUGAGAAACUGGGCUUUCUCAACAAUAGUCGGCGCUUGAACGUAUUACUUUCACGUCCGAUGUCUUUGUUAAUCCUCAUUGGUAAUCCACGUACGCUUAGCAAGAAUGAGGAAUUUCGUCAUAUUAUUGACAUGUGCCGGGAUCGAAAGACACUCGUCGGUUCGCCCUAUUAUCCGGAUGAUAAUAAGACGAGCGAGGCGAAUGGCGGUGCCGCCGUAAUUCCGACGCGUUCAAAUGGCCAGGUUACCAGUCGAUUGCCACCAACGAUCACCGAGGAGACACCGACAUUGGGACAAUCAUUUAAGCGAACACCAGUUCAAAAGAAAGUUCCAUUAUCUUCAGCUACGAAGAUGGUCUACAACAAGGAAGAGCUGCUUAAACUUGGCACUCCGACACAGCAAGCCAAGAAGACGGAGCUGGAUAAGUUGUUUGAUGAAUUACCAAGUGUGCCACGUUAUGUGGACAAUGAAUCCGAUACAGUUCGGUCAAUCAAGGCAGAUUUGAAGGGUCUUUCCAUUAAUGACAAGCCCAACAUAGCUGCAGUGAAGCCAACCAUACCGAAACCACCGAGUCCCAAACCUGUGGCUGUAUCCUCGACUGCAGCUAAUCCAGUUACUUUAAAUGCAGACAUGCGUAAAUACUUUUUACAGAAACAUAAUACUGCUACGACAAGAGAAUCUACACUACAUCCAUUAUCGAAAACUCGUUACGAAAUCGCUAGAGAGGCUGCCGAUUUGACUUUUGCUCCUACUGCGCCACCAGCCAGCCCACAUAUUAUGCGUCCCAGUCAGUAUAGUCACAUUCCGACGGGCAGCGCACGCUUUGAGAGCGUACGAGCACGACCCUCGAUUCAUGAAAACCAUAUUCCAAGCGCUAGAACGACUCCGAAUCCAAUUAAUAUAAGCGAAGAAUAUAGACGACCGCCGCCAUUUUAUGGCCAUAGCGGUCCAUGGGAACAGACUGUGCCACGGCCACAGCCACAGCCGAUCCCAAAGCCUGAACCUAAGAAAAAGAGCAAUUGUGUUAUAUCAUAAUUGAAUAUUAUGUAGUAGAAACUACAACUACGAGGACUACUCCGUGACCAUUCAAGUCUCAGUGUUAUCCUCUUUUGACCUUGCUGUUUUGAGGACAUGUUGUAAAGGACGCAGCCAAUUCAAAUCAAAUUGGCCGCUUCGGUUGCACCAUAUUCUAAACGGCAAAAAAAAUUUAUUAUAUAUAAUACGAUUCGUAUUUUGUAAAUUGAAACGACUCAUCGUACAAGCUCGCUUCAAUCUACAAUUUGCGAUUUUGGAUGGAUGGAUGUCUAUGAUUUUAUUGUAUUGAUCCACAUUCGCUAUUCCAUCAUGUUUACUUGAAUUCCUUUAAAAGACAUGUAUGUAGUUAAGAGACAUAGCAGAUUUGCUUUGUGAAUUUGCGAAUUUUAAGAUUUGAAAUGAAAUAAUUAUAAUCAUAUCAAAUCGGGCAGAAAAUGUUUUCAAAAACAAUAAGUUAUGGCUUCUUUGUAACUUCGUGUACUCCAUACGUUAGUUGGAUUUGAUAAAUUUAUGUAAAACGCAGAGAAAAAAUAAUUAUGUACGGGAAAACAAUUGGAAGCUUGAACUGGAUCAAAAAACCUUUUGUGUUUUCUUUUAUGUUAAUCAAAAAAAA